UCUCCCUGUCUGUUCAUCUCCCAAAUCACAACAAGCCAAACAAAACCUUAAGAGAAAAGGAAGUCUUUGAGAGAAAGAGACCACCAACAGAGCCUUUGCUCAACCCACAACCAAAAACCAAACAGUUUUCUUAGAGGGAAAAAUAUAUAAUAUUAAAAAAUCCCAGAAAAUUGAGCUCCAUUUUGGUAUAUUCCACCCCAAAAAUCCAAUUCCAUUAACAAACUCAAAACCAUCAAACUUUCUUCACAAAACCAACAAAGGGAAAACCAAAAACCCAUUUCAGCUUUGACUUAAAAGAAUUGUUGUUUGUAUUGUCAGUGGAAAGAUUUUGCAAAAUUCAAGCCUUGGGUCUUUUUGUUUUCAAUCAGAUCUGAUUAUGCUGAAGUUGCAAUCUUGAUUUGACCACCCUGGAGGCAGGCCUUGGGAAUUUGAAAUAAAAUAAUCAGCUUUUUGUUGAAUUGUAAUGGAUUUGGAUGAUUUCAGAUCAGUUCUUGAGACAGCUGGUGUUGAUGUGUGGACUUUUAUUGAUUCAGCAAUCCUGGUAGCUUCCCUGGAUUAUGGUCAAGAGUUGAAGCAAAGGAGGGAUGGGAUUGUGGAGAGGCUUUAUGCUACUUCUAUGGUCACUAGAUGUAAAAGCUGUGAUUUUGGUGAGAGAUCAAAUGGAUAUCAAGUGAACAAAGAAGGCAGUCCCAACGAAGGUAAAGGAGGAGAAGGAGGAAGAGAGUCACCUUUUACACCUCAAUCGGAUAAUGAAGAUGGUGAUUUGGACCCUUAUGGAGGCUUGUUUGAUGAUGAACAAAAAAGGGUUCUUGAGAUUAAGGAGAGUCUUGAAGAACCUGAUCAGUCUGAGGAUUCGUUGGUUGAUUUGCUUCAAAGCUUGGCAGAUAUGGAUAUAACAUUCCAAGCCCUCAAGGAGACUGAUAUCGGGAGACAUGUGAACAAAUUGAGGAAGCAUUCAUCAAAUGACGUUAGGAGAUUAGUGAAGCAACUUGUCAGGAAAUGGAAAGAGAUUGUAGAUGAAUGGGUAAGGGUGAAUCAACCUGGAGAACUUGAAUCUGCUGCACUUAUGGCAGAUGGAGAUUCACCACAGCAAAAGCUUCCUCAAAAUGGUCGUCAACAGGUUCCUGAUUUUGCGUAUUCUCCAAAUCCGCACAAUGGGAGUUUUGGUUUAGAAAAGAAUAAUUCAGAACCUGAAAGGAAGCCAAAGCCAAUCCCUCCUCCUCGAAAAGAUCCUCCACCUAGACCUACUCACUCAACUCCUCCACAAAAUGUACAGAGACAGAGAGAACAAAAGGAAAGCAAUUUUGACUCUGAAAGGCUGGCUUCUGCAAGAAAAAGGCUUCAAGCAAAUUACAAAGAAGCUGAAAAUGCCAAAAAGCAAAGAACGAUACAAGUGAUGGACAUUCAUGAGCUACCAAAACCCAAGAAUGCCUUCUUUGGGAAGAACAAGGGAGGUGGUUCUCAAGGGAGGCACUGGUGAUUGGGUGAAUGAAUUUGGCUUAAAGACGUCCCAUCUUAGGUUUUUCGUUUCUAUUUUUCUGUUGUGAUCAUUGUAUUAGAUAGGAGUACUCUUCAUAUAAUUUAUAGGAUAUCUUUCCAUGUUCUUUCUUGGAGAUGUACUGAAUUAUUUAUCAAUCAUCUGAAAUUUUUGAAGGCCAUGGACAUCCAUAACCAUUCAAUUUGGGGAUGUACCGUGAUUCUUAUGUUGACACAUGUUACACCCCCCCCACCCUCUCCCCCCCCCCCCCUUACCCCAAAUGUGCGAUGAUGUUAAUUCGUUAUAUUUGUGAGUUUUCCUGAAAGGUAACUCCUUGUUUUGAAAGUGUGUUAGUGUCUUUCUUUUUUUCUUUUAUUAAAUGCAAGCUGGCACUACCUUGAAGAAUACUGGGCAAACUCAUUAUUUAGGAUAUUGGAGUACUUUGUGGAAUACACUUAUGAGGAUAAUUUACUUUUUAUUUAUUUGCACGUUACUUUUUGAAAAGUUCUGUGUGAUAGUCAGCAAUAAGGAUUUUGAUUCAAUUGGCAGACACCAUCUGUCUUGCGAAACAUUGUUGGGGUGCACAGAGCAACAUUCUUUUGUUCAAAAAAUUAAUUUCUGCCAUCAUGGUUAUGUUUUGUAUAGUUUCCCUAUUCCUAGCUAGGAUCCUCAGAUGGCAUGUAGAAAAUUUUGGAAUUCACUGUGAAAAGAAUUAUGAAAAAUGACAUUGGACAGAGAACAGAAAACUACCUAGCUCCCAUAUUCAGAGGAUGUGAUUUUUCAUUCCUGUUGCUACCAGAAGUGCUGCUCAGAUUAUGGUUAUUGAGAGUGUGACUGAUGUUGUGUUUCAUUUUACUGUUAAGUUUUGCUGGUUAUUUGGUAAGGCUCCUUAAAUUUAUUGCAUCUGUAGAGAGGGGUCAGGGGGAACUCUGGGCAGUUCAUACAGAUCUAUAGGAGCUAUGGCUCAUGCACUUUGGCUGAUGAUUUUUAGUUUUUAUUUUCUUCCAAUAGUUGCUUGUACUUCAAAAGGUGCUUGUAUCAAGUUUGUUAUCGCCUGCAGAUUCUUUGCAGUCAUCCUAGUGCUUUUGUUCCCCUAUGUGCAAUAUACAUUUUUUUGAAAGGUUGUAUCUCUAAGCCAUUUCAUUUUGUGAUACUUCUCUCACUUGAGGCUGUUUAUUUAUUGGCCAACAACUCUUACUCGAGGCUGAGUGCUUAGCAAAACAUGACUCCCUUCCCCACCCACAAACUCCAAGCCUCCUCCCCCAAGCCAAAAAACAAUAAAGAAAAGAAGAAAGAUUAAACUUUCCUCUGUCUGUCUCUCUUUCUCUCUAAGAUGAUGUUAACUCUUUUUCUUGUCAAUUUUGGUCGCAGGUGGUGUGAAUCAAAUGGUCAUCUGUCUCUUAUGCUUUAAGUAGAGCAAGAGUAAUAAGGCUCUCUUUAUAUCUUGAUCAAGUGAUUAAUUGCACUUCAACAUUUGUGCAAUGACCACAACUGCCAGAGAAAGCAAAUUUGAGCAUAUUUUGCCAGUUGGUGGAUGUAAUUGAUUGAAUUCUGCUGCUAAUGGGUACUCUCAUACGACAUUGAAAGAUAUUUUUAAUCAAUUCUAGGUUUGUUUUAAAGUAGCAGUUUAACACUAUAUAUUUCUUAGACUGAAGUUGCUUGAGCGAGAUUUGUUGGGGAAACUGUGAUUGAGAUCCAUGAUUUAUAGCUGUUGUAAACUUAGAAUGCAUAAAAAUGUUGAAAAUCUUGAACUUGAUUCUGUUGCUACAUGAAUUCUGGAUCUUCUUGUAUGUCUCCCUUCUGGUUUUGAUGAGUGCUAGUUACACUGAACUGGUGCUUUUGCUCCAAAGAAUUCAAAGUUCUACUAUAAUAUUAAGUGCUCAUGUUCUUAACCUUUUAUGAGAAAUAUUGCUCAAUAUUUUUUCCUUUUGUUUUGUUUUUUUCUCUCUCUUUCCUACAAAUUUAUUUUUUACAUACUAAUGUGACUAUAAAUCUAUUUUUCUUGUGUUCACAAGUAUAUAUGUGUUUGCCGAUCUCUUUAUUAGCAAGCUUAGUCUCCCACAAAUUUUUGCAGGUCUUCUUUGUUGAUCUCAACCUAUAUAUGUGGCAUGCCAUUACCACAUUGCCUCUGUCCUCUGAAUCUUAGAAUUUAAUGAGGGUAAGCUUUUAAUGAUGAGCUUGAAGAGUAAAAGAUUCAUUGAUGACGAUGCAAAGGUAGUUCCACAUCAUUUGGUGAGAGCUACAAUGCCACAUUCAUAAGGUCAAUGACUAAAAUUGGUAAUCUUGGUCACUGCAAUGCUUGAGUUGAACUGUAUUUAGAUGGUGUUAAUCCUUACUAAUGCAUUUUAUCUAUGAUUCCAGAUAUUAUGAACUUUUGAAUUUUCUUAUAGUUCUUCCUUGUCUCCUCUUUGUUAACUCAUAUUUGGUCUUCAUGACAAUUAAUACUCCAAAGAUCCCUUCAAUCCUUAAAGUCUUAUUGAAUGAGUUGUGUUCCAUCUUAGUUGCUGGAUUUGAAGAGUUCUCUGUUCUCAGAUUGCAUGUAUUUUAUAUGUGGUACAGGUUUCUUCCUUGCUGUUGUUCAAUAUUUGAUUGCCUUCUACCAAACCUUGUUUGUCCUUUUGACUAUGCUGACAAGUAAGCUUAGAGACAUGAUGGAGCUUGGAAGGUCCAGAUUUCUGUCCCUUACGUUCUUCAAAAUGCAUUGAGUUUUUGGUGUUCUUUGUCACCAUCUUUGUCUGUAAACUUACUAGAUGGAUGAUAGCUUUUUCAACAUUAUGGAGUACUAGUGCCGAAUCCACGAUAUGAUGGAGGAAUGUAAGGCAUAGUUCUGCUUCAAACUGUAUUUAUUUCACAUUUAUUUUACCGAAAGGGAAAAAGAUACCAUGUAUUUAGCUUUCCGGGCAUUAGAAAUGCUAUACAGCUCUACUUUUCUUGUU